CGACCUUGUCUCUGUGCUUCCAUCGUCUUCCAGACCUUUUGUCGUUUCAUUCCCGGGGCAUGCGGUCGGCCUCGUGCGGUCAUGCUACUGCUUAGCGCUCGGCAAUCGCUGGCUCCACCUUAGUGUGGUAGACUGGAUUCUGAACAUCAGUUAUUGUGGUGCUCAAAAUAGAUAGUAGGUGCAUGCAGUCCACAGAUUUCAAAGAUUCAACCCGGAUAAUGGACAGCUGACCUCUAACCGGCGCAUGCGCCUCGCAAGCUCGAUCUCAGCCUUCUUCGUUCGGGGUUGUGACGCGCUUGGAGUCUGCUCACCUAAAACGAAGAGAAGAGGGUAAUGAUAACAGACACAGCUCGUAGGUGCUCCCAGAACUGCGCUGUAGUUGAAGGUUACUGGCUCAUGGUGUCGAACGUAAAAUGAAAUUCAGGGGCAGAGAUGGAC